AUGUCUCUCUUCGGAGGAGGAGAUGAGAGUGGGCCUCCUUCGCCUAGCCAGGCAAGCGACUUUUCCAUCAGCACUAUCGGCGAGGAUCAAGGGCUCGCGGCGCAUUCGGAAGGCUCGCCAGACACAGCGGCUGGUCACGAGGAUUACAACGACCACGACGAUGCGGGAGACGAGGCAGAGAAAGUGGUAGAGGAGCCACAGGACCAAGAAGACAACAGAAGUCCGUCAGCAAUCUCAGACACCAGCGACGUCGAGGUCCGGCCCAAUCGCUUCCGAGGCUCAGACCGCGCAUGGCUACACCACACACACGACGACCGCUCCCUCGCCGCAUCGCUCGACCAGCUCAAAGCACACGACUUAAGUCUGCACCUGUACAGCGCCCAUCACCUCAAAGCUCGCCUGCGCCAACAAGAAGCUCCGUCGUUGCACAAGCCCUGGAGCAGAAAGAGUCGAUGGAUCCCCACCAAUCAAGACAUCCAGAAGCCUUGGUAUCCUGAAUCCGACUGGACCGCCUGGCCACUUCCUCCUGAUGUUGCUCCGAAUGGUCUUGAGACCUUUGGUAGACCCAAUGAUGGUCUUGACGCCUACACUCUGCGCAGUGCCGACCGUCCUACUCCGGCCGACAAUCUGCGAGAACAGCUGCAUGCUGUCAUUUUGAAGCGAGCGCACGACGACUGGAAGUACCACAACCAGAAACCCUCUCAACAGCUCCACAUCACGGCCGCACCUGUUGCUGCUCCUGCACGACAUUCCCCGCCGAGACGAGGACGAACCCGCUCUAUAUCUGCUGGUCCAAAUUCCGUCCCUUCUUCGCCUUCUGUAGGAGACGACUUGGCUCCCCUCUCGUCGCUAGACCCAUCUGUUGUGGAGCAGGGAGAACAGGGUCAUGCCGAGUCACAUCCGAAUCAUGACCUCAAAGAGGAGGCCGAGAAUGUGAAGGAUAAUCACUUCGCGCGCCCAUGCUUCUCUGCCGAUGACGAUCGUUCCCAUGCACUUCUCCAUCCUACUGUCAACCAUGUCAUGUCCAAGCUUGACAGGCUCCUCCUCGCUUUGCACCAAAGCAGACAGACACAUGUACAUCGUGCAAGAGAUGGCGACACUUCCGACUCUUCUGCAAGAUCAAACUCUCGCUCACGUUCCACCUCCAAGAGACCGUCCACCAAGGCUUCGAACAAACGCUCUAAUAGGCCAUCAGAGUCUCAGGCCGUCACCAGAAUCAGACCCAGUCGCCGUAUCGGUUCGGCCUCUCGUCCGUCCAGUCCACUGGAUCUUGUGGUCUUUGACGAUUCAGGAGAAGAUGAGACAUAUGAGCCAGAGACUCCCAAACGACGUUCCCGCUCACCCAGCAACAGAGCAUCAUCAGCAGAACCCGACAUCCAGACUACUUCUCCAAGCGGCAAGAAACGUCGUAACCCGCCCAAACCAGGCCUAAGAGAUUGGAGCGAGGUUUUGGCUAUGGCAGGCUUGACGGGCUGGGAUCCUGCUACUAUCGAAAGAGCUCGCCAUCGAUGUCGCGACCUCUUCGGAGAGGACAUGCAGCUCUACACCAUGCCCGAACAUGAUGAUUCUUCCGCCGAUGAGGCCGAACCUGUCAGCCACGCGCCGUUGUCUCGCUCGGCCCAAACAGCAAGCUGGCGGUGUCCCUUUGUUAACUGCUUUCGUAAUAUGCAACCUCUUGAACAGGGGUUCCGCUGGCGUGAACAUAUGCGCAAGGCACACAAAUACGACAACGAUCAAAUCGCAAAGCUAGAAGAACAGUUGGUUCAAUCUGGAGACAUUGCCCCCGUCUCGAAACGACACCACGUGUUGGCCCACAACCCUCGAGGCUGGCAACCUCCAGAUCCGCUAAAGUGUCCGCACUGUCCGGCCUCAGAACAUGUCUUUCCCAAGGUCAGCCGCUUACUAGACCACAUAAGAAGGGGUCACAAGUACGACCCGCGUAUUCGGGAUCCACCUGAACGUCUUCUGAGCAAGGCCGCUGGUCAAGACGAAGAGGAUACUUCUGACAACUUGAAUAGUUCUGACGAAGAUAGCGAUGGCUACAUGGUGGGUGGUGUUCACACUGACGGAUUCUUACAGCCCGUUCUUCGGCAUGUUGGAUCACGAGGAAAGGAUCUCGAACAAAGGGCAAAAGAGCUAACGCUCGUCGCUCAAAAGCUGAAUUGGCCAAAUCAAAAAGAAUGCAAAGAAACGGCAACACGUGGAAGACGAAGAAUCGAUCAACUAGGGGAGUCGAAUGCUGGCCUCGCACCACUUAUGUCGAUACGGGAUGUUCAGUACACCCCUCACCAUUCUGGCGAAGGCAAUUGCGUUUGGAGGUAA